UAUAUAAAUUAAAAUUCAGUUUUAUUCCUUCUAUCCUUACAACGACGACGCCAAUGUACAUAAAUCAGGUUGUGAGUUGUGAUAUGAAUGAAUUAUCGUAAUCAAGGUCAUAGUCCGACCUAAUGUGCAUAACUGCACAAGUUCAUAUUAUAUUUUUAAGAAAAGUAUAUGUAGGUACCUACCUACUUGAAACAGCUAGUUUAGAAAAAUUUCAUUGCUGGGUGGUGCAAUAAAUAUUAAACCACAAAAAUGCCAACCAAACUAGUAUAUACAAAUCCAGGAAAUCCUGUAGAGGUUCUACAUACCGAGGAAUAUGACAUGCCAGAAAUAGAAUCAAACGAAGUUUUGGUGCAAAUGAUGGCAGCAUCUGUUAACCCUGUAGACAUAAACAUAGUACAAGGAAAAUAUCCUUUCAAAUUUGAUAAUGCUGGAUUUGAAGGAGUUGGGAAAGUUAUUAAAUUAGGCUCAGAAGUACAGAAGGUUCAAAUCGGUAGCAUUAUAGUACCAACUACUUAUGCAGGUACUUGGAGAACUCAUCUAACCAUAAGGGAAGACGACAUACUGCCUCUACCUAAAGAUAUAGGCAUUCCAGAAGCCGCAACGUUUUUCGUAAACCCAGCAACUAUGUACAGACUAUUGAAAGAUUUUGUCGAUUUAAAACCAGGAGAUACGGUUCUUCAGAACGGUGCUAACUCUGCAUGUGGCAUAGUUGCAAUACAAUUAUGCAAAGCUUGGGGCUUUAAAUCAAUAAACGUUGUUAGAGACAGACCAAAUAUUGAGGAGUUGAAGAAUUUUUUGAAAAGUAUUGGUGCUACUUAUGUUUUUACUGAAAAGGAAAUUAAGGAAACUGACAUAUUCAAAACUGGACAAGUAGCAAAUCCUAAAUUGGGACUAAAUUGCAUAGGAGGAGAAUCAGCAAAUACCAUUUUAAGACACUUAAGUGGUGAAGGAGUAUUAGUUACAUACGGAGGUAUGUCUUUAGAACCAAUUCGCGUAUCUACAACCACACUUGUGUUCAAGAAUGUUAAACUGGAAGGUUUUAACCUUAAUAAAUGGUUCAACACACCUGAAAAUGAACACAAAAAACCUGAAAUGUUUAAAACAUUAAUUGAUUUAGUAAUGAGAGGAGAAUUAAAGGCCCCGCCAUACGUUUUGGUAGAUUUUUCAAAUUUUAAAGAAGCUAUGAGUAAUACGUUAUCUAAAGAUGGAAUGAUUGGAAAAAAGUACAUUUUAGAUUUUAGGGGUUUUAAAAGCAAAUUUUAAGAUACACCUAAGAACGUUUUUUAAAAAGUUAGGUUUUUUUUUACAAUAAACUUUAAUAAAAAUUAUGUGUUCUACUUUAAGGAAUGUAUGCCCAAAAUUAGGAUUAUUUUCUUUCUACAAAAGGUUGAGACGCAUUAUUCAGUUAUAAAUUGAAAACGAAACAUUUUCAAUUUUACAAAAUUUUAUUAAAAAAAAUAAAUGUAAAUAAAAUCAAAUUCUAAUCAUAAAAUAAAGUGUGCUUUAUGUUUUUUAUACGAAAGAAAAUAAGAUACAUUUUUAAAAUUACCGCAAUCGCCUAAAUUUACUAAUAAGCAAAACCAAACCUAAACCCAGACAGCACAAAAAUAUAUGUAUGGUAUAUUCUCUGGAUUUACUGAGGAUAUAUGUAUGCCUAUGCCUAUAUUCAUGGUAUUUUUUAUAUUCAUGGCAUAUUCAUUUUUUUUGUAUUGCAGUACCAUAGUUUAGAAAAUAAAACCCAUACUUAAUUACAAAUUUG